UUUACGAAAAAAUGAAUAAUUUAAAAAAAAAGAUGCGUUGCUAUUGGUAAAAGCGUCAUAUGAAGCUACCCUGACUCAGCUGGAAAGAUGUUCAUUGGUCAAUCAAGAAACUGUGUUUAUAGGCUGAUUACUUACGCCUGUAGUAAAUAUUGCGUUAAGAGUACGUUUCAUCACCCUUGCAUUUAUUUAUUAUUAACGUUAUUUUCUUUGUUAUUUUUCAAUGUUUCCAUUACCAAAAUAAAAGCAGUUUUUCAUGAUAGAAGUUGUAGUGUAGAUAUUUGAUAACUACAUUUAUUUUGAAUACAUAUUGUUAGUUGUGUUAAAAACAACAUAAAAAAGGCUUACAAAUAAUUUUAUUUCAUCAUGCAUGGAAGAGUGAAAGUUCGUACUACUGAAGAGCAAGAGAAAAUUAAACAACUUGAAAGACAGAAAAAGUUAUCGGAAUUCAAAAGAGGAAUGCAACUUGUUGUUCAAAAGAGAAAAAAUCAAGAAUGGAAUGAUGAAUUACUAUUAGUAACUGAAAAAAUCUUGGUUCGCAAUCCGGAUAUUUAUACUUUAUGGAAUGUUAGAAGAGAAAUAUUUUUUUAUAAUAACUGGACUAAUGAAGAACAUCUGCAAAAAUUUGAACAAGAAUUAACGCUAACUGAAUUGUGUUUACGAGAAAAUCCAAAAUCAUAUUGUAUUUGGCAUCAUCGCACAUGGGUAAAUGAACAGAUAUCUGAUCCAAACUGGAGAAAAGAGUUGGAACUGUGUAAUAAAUGCCUUAAUCUCGAUGAAAGAAAUUGUAAGUUACUUUACAUACGUUUUAUUGUCAAUAAAGCAAAAAUUUCAGACUUGGAAGAGUUAGAAUUUACAACAACGAAGAUUUUAAAUAAUUUUUCAAAUUAUUCUUCGUGGUAUUAUAGAAGUAAAUUACUACAAAAAUUAUAUCCUAGUAACGUUCAUGACUUGCCAAUCAAAUCAGAAAAACAUGAUGAAGAAUUGGACCUUGUAAUGAAUGCUACCUUCACUGAUCCCAAUGAUUCAAGUGCUUGGUUUUAUCAUAGAUGGUUACUAGAUUUCACAAAACCACAGUACACAUUGUGGCAAGCAGUUUUGACCAAAAAUAAAAUAAUUGCAGUUUCACACAAACAAGUUUCUUCAAACUUAUACUUGUAUUUGAAUAAUGAGAAAAUAAACUGUAAAUGGAAAUCCGCAACUGGACGGAACUAUUCUUUUGUAUGGACUGCUCGAUUCAAGAAGACAUUGGCUGAUAAUAGUAAUCAAGCAUUUUUAAAACUUGAUGAAACUAUUUAUAAUAUGAAAAAAUCAAACUCUGAAGAUACAUGGAUCUAUAAAAGUCAAAUGAUAGGUACAAAUUAUAAUAUUUCUAAAUUGAAAGAGCAGCUAGAAAAUUAUCGACAACUUUCUAUUAUGGAACCGAAAAAUAAAUGGUCCAAGUUAACUAGUUAUUAUCUAAUGUUAAGAAUAGAUCCAAUAGAAUACCAUGCAGACAUCAUAAAGAUUUUAGAAAAUUUAAUGGAACUUGAUCCGCUAAGGAUAAAUUACUAUAAAGAUAUACGUAGCAAAUGCAUCCUUGACUACAGUUUACAUUUUGCUAUUGAUGAAAACAUUGACAUCAACUACAGUAUUGAUUUAUCCACUUCUGAGAUAACUACUCUUUCAAGCCAUGUGCAAUAUCUAACUUUUUAUCGUGACGUGAAUCUUGCCAAUAACUAUUUAGGCAGUAAACUUUAUCAAUUAUAUACCCUACAAGAAUGUGAAACUCUUGAUUUGUCAAAUAAUACCAUAACUUCUUUAAGAGCAUUCCCAACUUUAAACUGUUUGAAAAUAUUAUUACUAACAGGUAACCAAAUAACAAACUCUGAAGAAGUUAUUGGUGUAAUAGAACGGCAUAAUUUAUCGAAAUUGGAUUUGCGAUCGAAUCCGAUUCCCGAAUUAGCCUCGCUAGUUAAUAAAAUCAAAGACAAUUAUCCAGAUAUUAAGGUGGUCGUCUAAUGUAAAGGACUAAAAUUUUUUGUUUGGAAAUUUCAACGGAUAAAAGCGAGCGAACGGGUGAGCGCGCCUAUAUCUGUCAUCAGUGACAUCACUUCAACGGACAACGGUACCUACACCUGCCUACAUACUCUCUGUAGUCGUAACUGGAAAAGUUAUUCCAACUGGGCCAAAGACAAAGGUAAAUUAACGAGGCGCGACGGAAAACGGAGGCGCUAACAGGUGGAU